AUGGCUGCUUCACAAAUCUUCUUCUUCAUGUGUUUAGUGAUAGUUACAGCUAUUGUGAUACCUAGCACAUAUGCGCAGCUCAACCCUAGUUUCUAUGAAAAAACUUGCCCUACUGCCCUGACAAUCAUAAAGAGCAAGGUACAGCAGGCAAUUGGAAUCGAAAAUCGCAUGGGAGCUUCCCUUGUCCGAUUGCACUUCCAUGACUGCUUUGUCAACGGUUGUGAUGGAUCAAUUUUGUUGGACGAUACCCCUGGUAAUAAGGGAGAGAAGAAUGCUGGGCCUAAUGCUAAAUCUGCUAGAGGUUUUGAGGUGAUGGACGAGAUAAAAGGAGCCGUUGAAUCAGAGUGCAAAGGUGUUGUUUCGUGUGCAGAUAUUUUGGCUGUUGCAGCUCGUGAUUCCAUCGAGAUGCUGGGAGGUCUAUACUACCCAGUGCCUUUAGGUAGAAGAGAUGCCCAAACUGCAAGUUUCAAGGAUGCAAACAACAACCUCCCUGCCCCAACUUUUAACCUCUCAAGACUUCUCUCAUCCUUCGCAGCCAAGGGGCUGAACUCCAAAGACCUGGUCGUCCUCUCGGCCGCCCACACCCUCGGUUUCGCCCGAUGCGUUUCUUUCAAGAACCGCAUUCAAAACGACACCAACAUAGCCCCAGACUUCGCGGCACAAUUGGCUCAAAACUGCCCGAAAGACGGCUCGGGAGACAACAACCUUCACGGUCUGGAUGAAACUCCUGACAAGUUCGACACAAAGUACUUCGAGAACUUGAUGGAGUACAGGGGCCUCCUCACUUCAGAUCAGCAGCUCUACGACGGAAACUUCAGUAAUUUUGUGACUCACCUGGUGAUGUUCUACCGAAUGAACUCAGAUCAAUUUAGAGCAGACUUUGCAGACUCCAUGAUCAAGAUGGGGAAAAUCCAGCCUCUCACUGGAUCUCGAGGAGAAAUCAGAAAGAACUGCAGGAGAGUUAAUUAG